AUGGUUGUAUUCAACAUGUCAUACACGGCGCCCAUCAACCAAAAGGGCCGCCGAUCACUGACAGCCUCCCAGAUCUGGGAAUGCAUCGAACGCAAGGUGCGAAACGCUGAAGAGUUUGUCUCUGCCAUCAUUAAUACCGAGAUUCUAUCUGAGUCCGCCACGGAGGUGACCAGGAGAGUGACGUUUGCACCACAUGGUCAUCCGGCUGGUGCAGCAGAGGCAGUGGAAACGUGCCGCAUGUACAAGCCUUGCCGCGUGGAUUUCGUCGCCGCGGAUGGAAGUACCAUCACCAAUGCUGUUAGUGUUGGACCGGGCGGUGAUGAAGAAUUUUACUACACGUAUAUCUUCGAGUGGCACCACCCGGAGAUUGCCGAAGGUACGCCCGAGGCUUCUGCGCAAAGGAUAGCGGAUUGGAAGACGACCAAGCUCGCAGUCGAGGCGACCAUUGACACCAUGCACCGCUUGGUCGCAGAAGGGGAAGUUGCUUGA